UACGCCGACAGCCCCGCCUCCUCCGCGCCGUCCCCGCCACGGUUACCCCGGUUCUCAGCCCCUCCUUUCCGCGGCGCUCGAGGGACCAUGGCCGAUCCUCGCGUGAGGCAGAUCAAGAUCAAAACUGGCGUGGUGAAGCGGUCAGGAAUGGAGUACAAAUACAGCCUAAUCCCAUCCUCAAGGAAUUUAAGACCUAACAGACUGGUCAAAGAAAAAAUGAUGUAUGAAAAAGAAGCAAAACAACAAGAAGAAAAGAUUGAAAAAAUGAAAGCCGAAGAUGGUGAAAAUUAUGCUAUUAAAAAACAGGCCGAGAUCCUGCAGGAGUCCCGGAUGAUGAUUCCAGACUGCCGACGCAGGUUGGAAGCUGCGCACGCUGACCUUCUGCAGUUGUUAGAGAGUGAAAAAGACUUGGAAGAAGCUGAGGAAUAUAAGGAGGCACGUUUAGUACUGGAUUCAGUGAAGUUAGAAGCCUGAAGUUUUCUGUACAGGGUAUUUUUUGCAUUAAAUCCUGGGAUCCAUUCCACAAUUCAUUAUUUUUGACCACUGCUGUGUGUUCAAGUAGUAUGAGAAUGUGAUUCUUUUUAUGCAGUGCAUAUAUUUUUCUUUGCCUAAUUUAAUGUGUCAAAUAAAUGAGUUCAUCUAAUAAAAUUGCUUCUUUCAUA